GCAUGCGCCGGCGUCAUGCUCAGAGCGGUGUCUCGCGCCGUCGGCCGCGCCGCCGUUCGCUGCGCGCGCCGCUGUCCGCCGCCGGAGGCUCGCUCGCUCGCCAUGGCACGGCCGCCGCCGUCGCGGACCGCCUCAGGCGCCCCGGUCCGGCCCGGCACGGUGCUGGGCACCAUGGAGAUGGGGCGCCGCAUGGACGCGCCGGCCAGCGCCGCGGCCGUGCGCGCCUUCCUGGAGCGCGGCCACACCGAGCUGGACACGGCCUUCAUGUACUGCGACGGCCAGUCCGAGAGCAUCCUGGGCGGCCUGGGGCUCGGGCUGGGCGGCGGCGACUGCACAGUGAAAAUUGCUACCAAGGCCAACCCUUGGGAUGGAAAGUCACUGAAGCCUGACAGUGUCCGGUCCCAGCUGGAGACAUCACUGAAGAGGCUGCAGUGCUCCCAGGUGGACCUCUUCUACCUGCAUGCCCCUGACCACGACACCCCGGUGGAAGAGACGCUGCGCGCCUGCCACCAGCUGCACCAGGAGGGCAAGUUUGUGGAACUCGGCCUCUCCAAUUAUGCCGCCUGGGAGGUGGCUGAGAUCUGCACCCUCUGCAAGAGCAACGGCUGGAUCCUGCCGACUGUGUACCAGGGCAUGUACAACGCCACCACCCGGCAGGUAGAAACGGAGCUCUUCCCCUGCCUCAGACACUUUGGAUUGAGGUUCUACGCCUACAACCCUUUGGCUGGGGGCCUGCUGACCGGCAAGUACAAGUAUGAGGACAAGGACGGGAAACAACCCGUGGGCCGCUUCUUUGGGAAUAACUGGGCUGAGACCUACAGGAAUCGCUUCUGGAAGGUGCACCACUUUCAGGCCAUUGCCCUGGUGGAGAAGGCCCUGCAGGCCGCUUAUGGCGCUAGCGUCCCCAGCAUGACCUCGGCAGCCCUGCGGUGGAUGUACCACCACUCCCAGCUGCAGGGUGCCUGUGGGGACGCGGUCAUCCUGGGCAUGUCCAGCGUGGAGCAGCUGGAGCAGAACUUGGCAGCGACUGAGGAAGGGCCCCUGGAGCCGGCUGUCGUGGACGCCUUUGACCAAGCCUGGCACCUGGUUGCCCACGAGUGUCCCAACUACUUCCGCUAGGUCCCGUCGUGGCUCAGGCUGCCCAAGGCCUUCUCAUUUUUCUCUCACUCUGGCUAGUCUCUGCCUUAAGCUGAUGUAGCAGGGUCUUUCAUGAUUGGAUCUGUGCAUUGUUUUUCUAGAUUCCUGUCUUGCUCCUUAUUGCCUUCACACCAUGGAAAGGCUGGGGCUGCAUCCUGCCUGGGGCUUUCCUACCUGAAUAAAGUAGGCACUUGACCUGGCUGUCACCCAGGCCUGCAAUGAACCCCA